AUGGACCACCGGCGUCGCGCGGUGGCACGGGAUCCUGCGGCUCGUGGUCCACUUCCCAUCCACAUCCUCGCCGCGCACGUCCUCGAGAAGCGUGGCGUCUACGACCGCACCACCGACGACUUCGAACCCUUCGAGGUGCCGGACUUCCCAGUGCGCGCCGUGGUGGUGAACAGGGCUACAGCGCAAGGGCUCUUCCAGUGGCCUGCAGGCAUGGAGAGGUUCCGGUGUGACACGCUCGUCGCCGAGGCCACCGCCGACGGGAUACUGUUCGUGGAGCGCUUCGCGGCGGAGCUCGGCAAGAAGGUCUGGGCGGUCGGGCCGCUGUGCCUCCUCAGUUCCGAUUCCGAUGCCGGCGCGAUGGCCGGGAGAGGCAACCGCGCGGCGGUGGACCGCCGAGCUAAUCGUGUCGUGGCUUGA